CGCGGUGAUUCUCGGCCUCUUCCUCCGUGCCUCGGAGUCUCCUCCAGCGACCCAAGUGCCAUGGCCUCUCCAUGGCCCUUAUAUCACCAAGAAAGGACGUCCCUGAGCGCAGUGCGCUGCGUACCAACGUCCUAUCAAGAACUUUGGUGCGGUUCAUCACUAGUAUUCAAGCAGCCUUUUCCUUGUAGAAGCCACUAUGCGGACGAGAGCUGGCGGGUACCAAAGCGCUGGGGACGGUAUUACUUUCCACAUCCGGCACACGCCUUCCAAGAGAACCUACUCGACGCGCAUGUCGCAAAAAGCUUCUGACUCCUCAUCUCGCAAACGCCUCGCCGUAACCUCGCCGCUGUCGCCCAUGGACAACCUUCCCGAUGAGAUCCUCACGUGCGUGCUGGAGAAGGUGGUCGCUGACGCCACCUCGUCCGCCGACGUCAUCAACGUCCUCCUCACGUCUCGGCGCAUGUGCGAGCUCGCGACACAGGCUCAGGUGCUCCAGAAGGUGUCGCCUCUCGCGCUCGCCGUGCGCGCGAGGUCGCUGUCGGAGGGGUCGCACAGGUUCCUGCUCAAGUGCGCGUCUGCGGGGAACACGGACGCCUGCUACGUGCUCGGCAUGAUCAAAUUCUACUGCCUCGAAGAUUACCGUUUGGGAGCCACGCUCUUGGCUAAGGCGGCACUCGCAGGCCACGCGCACGCGCUGCACUCGCUCGCGAUAAUCCACUUCAACGGCAGCGGCGGCACGCGCCACGACCGCGACCUCCUGGCGGGCGUGCUGCUGUGCGCGCGGGCCGCCAGCGCGGGGCACGUGGAGGGGCUGCGCGAGCUGGGGCACUGCCUGCAGGACGGGUACGGUGUGCAGCGCGACAUUCCCGAGGGCCGCCGCAUGCUGCAGGAGGCGAAUGUCCGCGAGGCCGCUCAGGCGCUCGCGCACUCCGUGGCCGUGCCACGCUGUGUGCAGCCGGCUCCCGCGGUUGCGGCACCAAGCAGCAAUCCGACGCCGUUCAAGACGGCUCGUUGCGCUGGCGUGGAGGUAUCCGCUCCCCCGCUUCCGUCUGCUGCUGCAGGCUGCUUUGGUUCAGAGGGGAACGCAGCUGUGGGUCAUAUGGAGGGUGGCAGGAAGGGGCAGGCGCAUGCGCAGGCACCUCGUGUACUGACGCGUGCUGCUGCAGUGUCCAGCUCGUUUGCACGCCAGCACGCUGCAAACGCGCCCUUGACCCAUGGUGUCGUGCUGCACCGCACGCCCUCUGGUUCCAGAGUCGACUUGAGCGCGCUGCAAGGCCUGGAGAGCGCAGAGAGAAUUUCGACACAGGCUGACUCGCGAAAUCUUGAAGAAACGAGGAUGGGCAGAGCGGAUGGUGACAGCCGGGGCCAGCGGGAGUCUGGGCUGCAGCAGCUGCCGACACACCAGUCGGGUCACAACUCUGGUCACGAGUCGGGUCAUGGGUUGGGUCAUGAGUCACGCGAGUCUGGUCACCCAUCGCAGCAGGCACAGGGAGCCAUGCGUCCAGAGGCACAAGCAGCUGGGAACAACACCCAGGCCCCUGUCGAUUCAGAGACAGGUGUGGGCCAUCGCUGCUGCUGCCUGCCGCACGUCGCCCCGCCGCUGUCCUGGUGGCAUUUAGCCGUGCACAGGUUCCUGGUGGACUGGCACGACCUGGUGCCCCCGCCUGAGGGCUUCAGGGUGUGCUGCAAUGCGCUGUGCGGGCGGUCUGAGACCAGAAAGCAGGAGUUUCGGUGCUGCUCUGCGUGCGGCGAGGGUAAAUACUGCAGCCGCGUGUGCCAGGCGGUGGACUGGAAGGUGCGGCACAAGGUGGUGUGCCCGCUGAUCGCUGCCCGGGUGCAGCAGGAGCAGGAGGCGCUGGCUCGCAUGGAUGCGCACAGACAGCAGCAGCUGCAGGGCCAGCAACUGGGGGAUGAUCAGCAGCAGCAGCAGCAACAGCAACAGCAGCAGCAGGUGAAUAUUAGCCAGGGUGCGCAGCAGGAAGUCUAAUAGAAACCGACACUAGCCAUCUGUCAUUUGCACCUGAGGAAGUGUAACAUCGAGCAAGCAGUCCUGGUGUAGAGCAGACCACCACACCAUCCGUCAUGCGCAGGAGGUUAUGUUAUGCAUGCCAAGACUAGAAAGAAUUAUUAGAAGGGAGAACAGGGUAUAUAUAGCAUUUGGGUUGUACUUGCUAAGAACAUAUCCUAUCUAGCCUAUAAAUUCUACAUAACAAU